AUGGAGGCUAUGGAAGAUGACAGUUUGGACGUAAAAGACGACCAUAACCACAACUACCGCGCGAGCGGCAGUAAUAAAGUCCGCACGUAUCUUAGCAGCCAGCUGUCGGAGAUAUCGACGGUCCCGCAGCCCGUCUGUGCGACGGUGCCGGUUGGAGAAGCGGGUACUCGACAAGGGAAACUGUGGUCCGGUGCAACUGGCGGGUCAAAGUUCAUGGACUCGGAUACAGGCAGCGAGAGCAGCGAAGUCAGCGAGACUGACUGCACCGCUCCAGGAGCUGCUUCCGAGGGAAAAUUUGCCCUCGACUCCACUUCCAAGUUCCUUCUGAAUGCAAUGGCAGUGGAGGACUACCGGAAAAACCACUGGCCAAACCUGGAAAAGGCAGUUGACCGUCUGCUGAUUCAGAAUCCCACAGACCACAUCUCUGUUUCUUAUGCACAGAUAUACAGUUAUGUCUACAAGUGUGUUUGUCAGCAGCACUCUGAGCUGCUCUACAAUGAUCUGACAUCAAAAAUAACAGGUCACCUGCAGCAGGUUUCCGCCCAUCUACAAGCUAGCCCACUCGAGAACUUCAUUGAAAAUUUCAACAUUGCACUGACACAAUAUAUAGCUUCUCUUCAGUGUAUAGUCCCUGUCUUUAUGUACUUGAACAAGUUCUACAUUGAGUCCAAACUGAACCGAGACCUCAGAGAGGAUCUGAUGAAGCUGUUUGCUGAUCACGUCGCAGAAAAACACGUGAACACACUGAUGCCUCUGCUCAUUAAAGCUCGGUCCAUGCCCUUUGAAGUGCAACCCUCAACAAUGGCUAGUGUGGUUAAGGGCCUCUACAGCCUCCAACCAGAGUGGGCCCAGCUUGCCCCAGAUCUCUUCUCCGGGUUUAUCCCCCAGAUUAACCCUCCUGCUGUGGAGUCUCUGCUGCAAGACUACGCUGCUCAUGACCAGAAACUACAGAUGGAGCUCUCCAUGAAUGGAUUCCCACGAGGUGACCAGUCUCGCAAACGGGCCAGCGAGGACUCGUGAUGGCCGGCGUCACUGGAUUUGCUGCAGAACUAAUACUGUGCCUCUUAAGUCUUUAUCACAAGUUGUCUCCCUGGACUAGGUACAACGCUAACAGUGCGUCAUCCCUUUUUAACUCGAGGUCACGAAACACUGUGAAUAACAAAGACAGCAUGAUGGGUUGUUGAGCAGAAGGAUUAAAAAAAGGAAAAAGUGGCUCACAGACUUCCAUUUUGGUGCUUUCCUUCUGAUUUCUUCAUCUUCUGCUCAUCUGAAGAGUGCCUUCACAGUGUCCGUCUGACUGAAUAUCAUGAUGAAGCUGACGAUCCAUUCCUAACCUUUAACAUGGAAGUGUCUUGUGUUGUCUUUGAUAUACGGGGCUAAUUAAGACUCUAUUGCUGCUGCUAAUAAUAUUGUUUGUGUGUUAAUAUCAUAAAUCCCUUGUGUCACCCACAUAUUGUGUAUCUCAGUGGCUACAGUCAACACAAAUGAGUGUGGAAAGAAGUGGGAGCUAGGUCACUAAGCUUAGCUAUGACUCUCUUCUUCCUGUUGCUUAAAAUGUCUUAUCAUGCUCAGUCAUCCAGGUAAGUAAUUCCCAAAAAGUUGAUUCUGUUCAUCUGGAUGUAGCGUUUUCAGUGGGAGAAACAUUUUCGUCACUUAUCCCAAGUGACUUCUUCAG